AUGGCAGGAUACGCAUUAAAAAGACUCAUGACAGAGUAUAAAGAACUAACAACACGCCCACCAGAGGGAAUAAUCGCUGCUCCAAUCGACGAGGAUAACUUCUUCGAAUGGGAAUGUCUCAUUACAGGACCAGAAGAAACGUGCUUCGCCAAUGGUGUCUUUCCUGCACGUAUCACUUUUCCACAAGACUACCCGCUGUCGCCACCAAAAAUGCGUUUCACAUGUGGAAUAUUCCAUCCGAAUAUCUACGCAGACGGACGUGUCUGCAUCUCGAUUCUUCAUGCACCCGGAGACGAUCCAACCGGUUACGAGCUAUCGAAUGAACGAUGGUCGCCUGUUCAAUCGAUUGAGAAAAUUCUGUUAAGUGUUGUGAGUAUGUUGGCUGAACCAAACGAUGAGUCGCCAGCGAACGUGAGCGCUGCCAAAAUGUGGCGAGAGGAUCGUGCGCAAUUCGAGAAGAUCGCCGACUCGUUGGUUCGCAAGACACUCUGUCUUCCCGCGUCGGAAAUUUGA